AUGUCGCUUUGCCUCAAUCGCCUCCAAGAGGAGCGGAAUGUGCUGACCAUCGUGGAUUUCACAGUAAGCAGUGGCGUCGCGACCACCCCUUUGGCUUUGUCGCAAAGCCCCAGGAAGACUCCGCAGGGCACUCUGGAUCUCAAGCGCUGGGAGUGUGCGAUCCCCGGCAAGAAGGAUACUCUGUGGGAGGGAGGUAUCUUCAAAUUGGACGUGAUUUUCCCCGAUGAAUACCCGACCAAGCCUCCGAAAUGCAAAUUCACGCCUCCGCUGUUCCACCCCAAUGUUUAUCCCUCCGGCACCGUUUGCCUCUCUAUCCUCAACGAGGAGGAAGCAUGGCGCCCCGCCAUUACCAUCAAGCAGCUCUUGCUGGGUAUCCAGGACUUGCUAAAUGACCCGAACCCCGAUUCGCCGGCACAGGCCGAGGCCUACAACCUCUUCAAGAAGGAUCGCCCAGCAUAUGAACGUCGCGUCAAGCAGGUCGUUAAGGACAACCCGCCCAUUCACCCCGAUGUGCAAAAGUUCAAGCCCACGGCUUUGCGCAUGGCCAAGGCUGUGCGUCACCGCGGUCCCGAUUGGAGCGGUAACUUCAUUGGCGACCAGACUAUCCUCACGCACGAGCGUCUGAGCAUCGUCGGUGUCGACUCCGGCGCCCAGCCCCUCGUCAACGAUGACGAGACCCUCGCCCUCGCUGUCAACGGCGAGAUCUACAACCACCGCAUCCUCCGCAAGAACCUGCACACCAAGUACAACUUCAAGACACACUCCGAUUGCGAGGUUAUCAUCCCUUUGUAUAUGGAGCACGGCCUUGAUGCCCCCAAGUACCUCGAUGGCAUGUUCUCCUGGGUCCUCUGGGACAAGAAGCAGGACCGCGUGAUUGCUGCCCGUGACCCCAUUGGUAUCACCUCUUUCUACCUUGGCCGCUCCUCCACCACGCCCGGUGCUGUGUACUUCGCCUCCGAGCUUAAGUGUCUGCACCCAGUUUGCGACGACAUCAUUGCUUUCCCUCCCGGUCACGUCUAUGACUCAAAGACCGACAAGCUCACCCGCUACUUCGAGCCCAAGUGGUGGGACCCCACCAACGUCCCCUCCACCCCGGUCGACCUCAAGGUUCUCCGCACUACCCUGGAGAAGUCUGUUCGCAAGCGUCUGAUGGCUGAGGUGCCCUACGGUGUCCUCCUGUCCGGUGGUCUGGACUCUAGUCUGGUGGCUGCUAUCGCCCAGCGCGAGACUUUGCGCAUGCAAGAGCUUGCUAAGAAGACUAACGCCUCCUCCGAGGACCUCGUCGGUAUUGACGACAACAGCGAGCUGGCUUCCCUCCCCUUCUUCCAGCAGCUGCACUCCUUCUCCAUCGGUCUGCCCGGCGCUCCUGAUACUGCCGCUGCCAUGGAGGUCGCCAAGUUCCUAGGCACCAAGCACCACGCUUUCACCUUCACUGUCGAGGACGGUCUGAACGCUCUUUCCGACGUUGUCUACCACCUCGAGACCUACGAUGUCACCACCAUCCGUGCCUCUACCCCUAUGUACCUGCUCUCCCGCAAGAUCAAGGCUAUGGGUGUCAAGAUGGUUCUGUCUGGUGAGGGCAGUGACGAGAUCUUUGGUGGCUACUUGUACUUCCACGCUGCUCCCAACCGUGAGGAGUUCCACAAGGAGACUGUCCGUCGUGUCAAGAACCUGCACUUGGCUGACUGCCUGCGUGCCAACAAGUCUACAUCCGCCUGGGGUCUUGAGGCUCGUGUUCCUUUCCUGGACAAGGAGUUCCUCGAGACCUCCAUGGCUAUCGACCCCAAGGACAAGAUGAUCGACUCCGAACACAUUGAGAAAUACAUUCUUCGCAAGGCCUUUGACACCUCCGACGAGCCCGAUGUCGCUCCUUACCUGCCCGAGAAGAUCCUUUGGCGCCAGAAGGAGCAAUUCUCUGACGGUGUCGGUUACAGCUGGAUCGACGGCCUGAAGGAUGCCGCCGAGGCUCACGUUACUGAUGAGAUGAUGAAGAACCCCAAGCCCGAGUGGGGCUCCGAUAUCCCCGAUACCAAGGAGGCGUAUUUACUGGUACCGCACUAUGUUCGACGAGCACUUCCCCCUUACUGUGCCGGGACCGUCGAGCGCUGGACACCUACCUGGUCCAAGCAGACCGACCCCAGUGGAAGAUCGAUUGCCUACCACAACCAAAAGUACCAGCACGUCGAGUAA